UAUAAAUAUAUGUACACUUAACGUUUUUUCAUUUCUUUUAGUUAAAACGUGCGAAAGUUAAUGUAAUUAAAAUGAAAUCAACUUUUAUAUAUUUUUCCUUAAUUGUGUACUUUCAAAAAGGGAAUUGUUUCAGUUUUUCUGACAGCUUCAAAGUGUGUCAUCGAAGUGACCCAAAACUAGAUGCUUGUUUGUCGGAUGCAAUCGAAACAGGAUUUAAAACGUUAGGAUCUACUGGUUUACCAGCUAUUGGUGUUCCUUCUAUUGAUCCCUUGAAGAUUUCGGAAAUUGUUAUUGGAGCUGGAACUAGCGCAGUUAAUUUAGUACAAAAAUACUAUAAUGCAAGUAUAAUAGGAUUAUCAAACUUAAAGGUGGACAAUGCUCUAUUUGAUUUUGAAAAAGGGGUUCUUUCCUUCGUCACCAAACUUCCCACUCUCAAACAGGAAGCCAAGUAUAAUGUAGAAGGGAAAAUAAUGGUUUUACCUGUUUAUGGGACAGGAGAUUCAAUCAUUACAUUUACAAAUGCAGCUUUGAAACAUGACAUACAUUUCGAUAAAGAAAAUAAAAAUAAUAAACAGUAUUUGAAGGUUAAACUUUAUACUGCAAGGAUAACCGUUGAAGGAGCGCAUUUUGAUUUUCAAAAUUUGUUUAAUGGUGACAAGAGACUUGGCGAUAAUAUUUUAAAAGUAAUAAAUGAAAAUUGGAGUGUUAUAUUUGAUGAUGUUAAGGAUGGAGUUAACAAUUCUUUUUCAAAAGUGUUUGAAGCUGUAGCCAAAAUAUUUUUUAGUAAAAUUCCUAUAGAAAAUAUGUUUCCAAAUUAAGGAUAUAAAAUAUAAUAUAAUAUAAUUUAAUACAAAGAUAAGUGUAAUAAACUAGUACUAAUAUAUUAAAAUAUAGUAAAAAAUAAAAGGCUAU